AUGAGGUUUUAAUUCAGUGGAAUUAACCGAUCUUUUCUGAAUGAGAAAUUACAGACUUCUUGCCGGGAUUAGCAAAGUACUUAUCAAUGAGCUAAUAGAACAAUGCCUGUGGCUGGUUUCUACCAGGUCGUGUAGUUCAUCCUUUAAUUAUUUUUUAUUAUUUAACGAUUUUUUAAUGUCCAGAAAUGACAAGGAUCUGCAGGAAAAAUUUGCCGGGUCUAGAUAACCUCAAUCAAUGAUGAACCAGUAUCCUUUUUUUAUUUCUAUUUUAAAGACAUUUUCUCAUAUCCAAGCAACUCAAAGGCAAUCAGAAUCUACAUCGGCUAAAGUUAAAACUUACUUUAAUUUAUUCACUCAACUCUCCAUCCAUUCGUUAAUUCUCAUUAGGACGCAUGUACAGUCUGUCUGAUUCUUGAUUUCUUUCUGGGGACGUACAAACCUACUGCAAACUGAUAGAAAAAUAGAACUUUAAAAAAAAUGUAUUUAAGGAAGUUUAUGAAUGGCGUUCCUUUCUUUUCGAUGCAUUUUGCGGUUCAAUACUUUUCACCUUGCCACCUUUUAAUCUAAUCUCAUUUUGUCUUUUCUUUUCUUUUUUUUUUCUUCUUCUCGUCUUGCCGUUUUCAAUGCAUUUUUCUCUCUCAGUCUGUUUUCAUCUCUUUCUUUAACUAAUUUUCUUCUUAUUUCUCUCGUUUUUUUCUUCUUUUUUUUCUCUCUUUCUCGACUGUUACGUUUUUCCGGCCAUCGAUGAUGUAAAAUUCCCAUAACACAAAGAGUGAUUUCAAGUGCCAGCUCUAGUACUAGAAACAUAAUAGUAAGAAAAAGACUUGAGUGUUUCGUGAUAAAAGCCACCAGGAAAUAGCAUGUUAUGAUCAAUAUUAAUGCACAGUUUUAUAUUAUUGUCGACUGGCAAAAGGAUGACAGAGGAUAGAGAUAAAUAAUGUGGGUACUUGCUAAAGCUAAAGUCUGCUACUGAUAAUAAAUGAUUACUGUCUCACAGAAAAAGCAUUAAGACCUGUUAGCUACAAGAUAAAACCAUUUCAUAACUAGUGUUUGUCGGCAAAAAAUGGAAUAUUAAAGUUUGAAAAGGGAAGAAGCUAGAAAAAAGGUCUUAAUUAGAAAAUGACUCGUGAUGUACUCCAUUUCAACCUUUAUCUCUAGUAUCUGAGGUCGAUUUGUUAAUGAUAAAACGUUGUUUUCAUAUUGAUAUGAGAUAAAAUAUUUAGUACGUACUUAAUACACCCUUGUUGUAUCACCCGUAUUGCUAGAGUGGCUUAUAGAUACGCACGAAAUAAAUGGCAAGCAAUAGAUAAAAUACACAAUAACCAUGAUACCCUGCGCCACUAUAGUUAGUCCACUAGUUAGUAUUGGCUGCAUGUUGGAUAAUGUCUCUAGAAUAGGAUGUAUAUUAUCUCGGGUUUUCUUCAAUUAAUGAAAGCCACUCUAAUGGGACAUUUGAAAUGACUUUUUUGAUGUGACGUCAUAUUAGUCUCCACCAAUUAAAACACAGAAGGGCUCAAACUUUAAAUUGUAAACAAUCUUGAAUUGACUCAGUUGCUUUCCAUAUCACGGGAAUUUCAUGAUCAAAAAGGAUUUCUGACAUAAGUCGAGAGAUGCCAAACUGAGGUGUCCUGGUUGAGGAGAAGCUGACCAAUGGCGAACACCAGCCAAGCCAACAUGUCAUCAUCGCCAUUCACUGUGGAUAUCCAGAUCGGUGUGUCUGUGUUUGCGUCCUUGCUGUUCUUGGUAUCAUUGAUUGGUAACAUCGUUGUGAUUUACAUUGUGUGUACAAGAGCGCACAUGCGUAAUUCAACCAAUAUUCUCAUUGCUAAUAUGGCUAUUGGAGAUCUGCUUCUCACUAUUGACAUUCCUUAUAUCAUCAAGUGGCUCUUUGUCUUUCACGCUUGGUUUGGGAGCAACUUUUUUGCGGAUUUCUUAUGCAAGUUUUUCCAUUCUGUACAAAUGGGGUCCAUAGCUUGCUCAGUGUUCACUCUGGUAGCCAUUAGUUUUGAUCGUUGCUUUGCAAUUACCUAUCCACUUCGAAAGGUGCUUGUUGGUAAAGUUUUGAAGGCCACAAUAGCUGGAAUCUGGUUGUUUUCGCUUAGUUUUUGCACCCCCUUGAUCAUUGUCACGCAAGCGAGGGCAAGUCACGGUCAUUCAAUCUGUGCAGAAUUCUGGGAUGACUUUCCUUCCAUCAAUCACCGUUAUUUUAUAGUAGCCUUUUCUAUUUGUACGUACAUCAUGCCACUAGUACUAAUUGCUGUCGUCUAUCUAAUAACUGGAAUUCGUCUUUGGCAAAGAAAACUACCUGGAAAUGAAAAUCUUCUUGCAAAAGAGAAAGUCCACGCCACGAGCAGGAAAGCCACUAUAAUGCUAGUAACUGUCGUCUUGGUAUUUGCAAUUUGCUGGCUUCCGUUACAAGUUCGAGAAGUUUUGAAAUUCUACGAAGCCCCAUUUGAAGUUCCCAUUAAAGUUGACAUCAUUCUUCCGUGGAUCGGUUUUUCUAAUAUUGCAAUAAACCCUAUCUUGUAUAUUAUUUUUUCGGAAAAUUAUCGAAGCGAAUUCCUAAGUAUUCUGUGCUGCAAACAAAUUAAGAAGCAUAGUUUUUAUAAUGCGUCGCCGAUGUCAACACCGAUGAUAUCCCGAGCAAUGACCGAACGUAGCCGGCUGAGCCCGAGUCCUGACGUGAACAGACAUCUUCUUUCUCCGUCUAGUAUUCAAUUAAAACCGCUGAAAAACGGACCGUUGCCAGAAUAAGUACAUGUUGAAAAAAGAAAGUAAAAGAUAGUUAUAGUUAAUCUGGUCAUUAAAAUGAACCAACAAAGAUUAUCGAUCAAUAAAUGUCAGCUUGGCGUACCUGUGGGUUGA